CACGAUGCGAAAAAAAUCACCACAGGGCGUGACUCCGCUAAUUGACACUUCGGGCCAUAUAAGUUUCAAUUGGCCUCGUAGAGCUUCAGGCCAGUCAGGCCAGCACAGUGAGCAAGAUGCCGCCUUUUCGCCCCGCGACCACGGCUUUUCGAAGCUUGCUUCGAGCUCCAACUCGCUGCUAUUCCACCUCCGCCGCUGCUCCCCCAACCUCACCGUUCGCGCCACGACAUCUGCUCUCCACCGCUGACUUGACGCCCGCCGAGCUUACUACCCUCGUCCGCAAUGCCCACAGGCACAAGGACGAUGUCAAGUCAGGCACCGGCGAGAUACCGCACAGCUUGCGGACCGCAUUGGCAGGCAGGACCGUGGCCAUGACCUUCAGCAAGCGCAGUACUCGCACUAGGGUAUCCACCGAAGGAGCAGUUGCGGCAUUGGGCGGCAUUCCAAUGUUCUUGGGCAAGGACGACAUCCAGUUGGGUGUAAAUGAGUCGCUUUACGACACCGCUAUAGUUCUCUCCAGCAUGACCGCCGCCAUUGUCGCCCGAGUCGGCCCGCACUCCGACGUAGCAGACCUUGCAAAACAUUCUACCGUCCCCGUCAUCAACGCCCUUUCCGACCUAUACCACCCCCUCCAGAUCAUCGCCGACUUCCUCACAAUAGCCGAGGUUUACCCCUCGGGUUCGACAAACUCCCUAGGACUGGAGGGCUUGAAGAUUGCUUGGAUUGGCGACGCGAACAAUGUCUUAUUCGACCUGGCCAUCGGCGCAACAAAGCUCGGCGUGGAUAUAUCGGUCGCGACACCUAAAGGCUAUGAGAUACCUGAGGAGAUGCGGGGUGUCAUUGACCAGGCAGCUACUACGACUCCCAAGGCCGGCAGGCUAUUUGAAACCACGGUGCCGGAGGAGGCCAUCAAGGAUGCAGACAUCUUGGUGACAGAUACGUGGGUGUCAAUGGGACAAGAGGAGGAAACAGCAAAAAGACUGAAGGCAUUCGAAGGCUUCCAGAUCACCUCAGAGCUCGCCAAACGGGGAGGUGCCAAGGAGAACUGGGCCUUCAUGCACUGCCUGCCUCGCCAUCCAGAGGAGGUAAGCGAUGAGGUCUUCUACGGUCCAAGGUCCGUUGUAUUCAGGGAAGCAGAGAAUAGGCUGUGGGCGGCGCUCUCUGCGCUGGAGGCUUUCGUCGUAAAUAAAGGGAGGAUCUAGGGAAGUAGUAUCAUGCAAUUGCUAGGUGACGGUACGGGUUAUUUUCGUAGCGUGAUUCUGGAUCUGUCUGGAUGCUUAGUAAUGAGUAGAAUUGAUGGACGGGAAAAGUAUGCAGGGCGACCCCUUCGAGAGAGAGGCUCUAGGCUUAUUGGACCACCAAAAUCAAGUAGAUUGAGAGGAUAACAAGACCUUGUACUUCGGACCGUUCAGUCCUGUACGUUAGCCAUUUCGGACAUGGCGGAGAACCGGGUCGUAAUC